AUGGCGACUCAGGGUGGUCGGGGUCGUGGCUUUGGGCGUGGCGGAGGUGGGGGUGGUAGGGGAAACUUCCAGCCUCGCGGUGGAGGGGGAGGCUAUUAUCAGUCUCACGGCGGAGGGGGUGGAGGGCGCGGUUUCGACAAAGCAGUCUAUUCAGGCUCAAAGGGUGUAAUACCCCCGCCGGACGAUAAGGUCACUAGGAAUGAGAACACACUUCUUCCACCGAAUGGCACGACGCCACUCUCGCUCGGGGGAUUGAGCGUGAGAGAGAACUUCCCACGCCGUCCAGCUUUUGGCACAAGGGGAACUCCGGUGACUCUGUGGGCCAAUUACUUCGAAUUGAUGCCGGCGUCGACUUUAGUCCUCUAUCGCUACGAUAUCGCUAUUGCACCAACAGUCGCGGGAAGGAAAUUGAGCCAGGUCGUCAGCCUACUUCUGGAGACAGCCGAAAUGCGUCCAUUCAAAUUACAUGUCGUGACUGACUUCAAAGCGAUCUUGAUCUCUCGCACGAAACUGCCCGAGGACGAGCUCAUCAUCGACAUCCCGUAUCAAGCCGAAGGCGAAGACGAGCCCCAGCAGGGUGCAGCGACUUAUACAGUCCGUCUACGACUCACAAACAUUCUCAGUGUCUCCGAGCUUUUACGCUACUUGACUUCCACCAACAUUGGCGCACAUUACGACAACACGCCAGAGGUGGUCCAAGCAUUGAACAUCUUCCUCAAUCAUUACGCCAAAUCUGCAGGCAAUCUUGCAACAAUUGGAUCAAGCAAGAGCUUCUCCCUCAACAGUGGUUCCCAAGCUACUAACUUGGGUGCUGGUUUGACCGCCAUUCGGGGCUUCUUUUCUAGCAUCAGAGUCGCUAGCAGUCGCAUUCUCGUCAAUGUCAACGUGAGCCAUGGCGCGUUUUACGAGCAUGGUCCUCUCGUGAGGCUGAUGGAAAGCUAUCUCCAUGAAAAUCGGAACAACAAGGCUGCCCUGGGAAAGUUCUUGCAGAAGGUGAGAAUUCGAUAUACGCAUUUACCACCCGUCAAGAACAGAGCUGGUGUCGUCAUAGUCCGACCGAGGACGAUUUUCGGUCUUGCAACACCAUACGAUGGUCGUGGCUCUGACCAUUCGCCUCGGGUAAAGGCUUAUGGUGCAGGUGCAGAGGACGUGGAGUUCUGGCUUGAAGGUAAAUCCAAGGCAACUUCCAGCGGUUCAUCUGGCGGUAAGAAGGGUGCAAAAAAGGGUGGCGGUGGUGAUGCAGCAAAGUCGGCUGCACCGGGGCGCUACAUCACUGUGGCAAAGUUCUUCCAAGAAGAACACGGUAUGCGACUCAAGCGAUCUGACCUUCCUGUCGUCAACACCGGUACUCGGGAAAAACCGGUCUAUCUCCCCCCAGAAGUGUGCGAGGUGCUGCCAGGACAGAAUUCCAAAACGAAGCUUGGUUCUGGGCAAACACAGAGAAUGAUCAAAUUCGCCGUAAGGAAGCCCGUUGACAAUGCAAAAUCUAUCGUCCAAGGCGGCCUCGUAACCGUGGGUCUGGAUCCUAAAACCAACAUACUUUUGCGUGAAUUUGGCAUCACUGCCUCGCCAGAGCUCAUCACUGUACUAGGACGCGUACUGAAUCAACCGAAAAUCCUAUACAAAAAGAAUGCUUCCGCAAUACCGCGCGCCGGGUCUUGGAAUAUGAUGGAUAUUCAAUUCAGUGCCACUGCACAACUCGAGGCCUGGGGUACGCUCCUUAUAUCAAUGCCCGGGUACAGCGACGUUGGUAUAGACAGCCUGAAGAGGCCUCUGACGGAAUUCCACAUUGCGUUAAAUAAAGUUGGGAUUGCUGCCCCACCACCCUCGACCCCCAAACAAUUGGUUAUGAACCAUGCAGAUGAUCCGUCGCUUGAGCAGAUGAUUGCUAUGGCUUCACAAAAGUUGCGUGUUCUACUGAUCAUUCUGCCAGAUGCCAAUGCACAACUUUAUAAUCGGAUCAAGUUUUACGGCGACGUCAAAUAUGGCGUCCAUACGAUCUGCAUGAUCGCCUCGAAACUCAUGAAAGAGAGAGGCCGGGAUCAAUACUGUGCCAACGUUGCAUUGAAGUUGAACCUCAAGUUGGGUGGCAUCAAUCAGCAAGUCAACCCUCAAAACCUGUCUCUUAUUGAGGAGGAUAAGACGAUGAUCGUAGGCAUCGAUGUCACGCAUCCUUCUCCCGGAUCCAGCGCGAAGGCUCCAAGCGUAGCUGGCAUGGUCGCCAGCAUCGACAAGCGCCUCGGCCAAUGGCCAGCAACGCUUCGCGUCCAGACUGCGCGUCAAGAACAUGUUGCCGACCUCACCGACAUGCUCAAGUCGCGUCUGCAGCUGUGGAAGACUAAAGGCAGACACGCAAGCUUCCCGGAGAACAUUUUGAUCUAUCGUGACGGCGUCUCCGAGGGUCAAUACGCCAAAGUCAUCGACGAAGAGCUUCCCCUCCUCCGCGCGGCCUGCAAAGACCUCUACCCAGCACCAGACCAGAAGAGAGGCCUCCCACGUUUCAGCAUCGUCAUCGCCGGCAAACGCCACAAGACGCGCUUCUACCCAACCAAGGAAGCCGAUGCCGACAAGCACUCGAACCCCAGUUCCGGCACCGUCGUCGAUCGGGGCGUCACAGAGGCACGCAACUGGGACUUCUUCCUCCAAGCUCACACCGCAUUGCAGGGUACAGCACGACCCUGCCAUUACUACAUCAUUCUCGACGAGAUUCUCAGAGAACGUUACAAGACCGUUCCGCCGCCAUACACCAACGUGGCCGAUAUCCUCGAAGAGCUAACGCACAGUCUGUGCUAUCUCUUCGGACGGGCGACCAAAGCGGUGAGCCUUUGCCCGCCUGCGUACUACGCGGACAUCGUGUGCGAGCGUGCUAGGUGCUACAUGAGCGAUCUCUUCGACUCGCCCCCACAGUCUGUCGCUCCCUCUGUCGCCGGUGCGUCUGCUGCUCCCUCUAUCGCCGAUGCAUCUGCUGCUUCCUCUGUCGCCGAUGCAUCUGCCACUCCCCCCGUACCCGGCGCUUCUGCCACUCCCCCCGUCGCCGGUGCGUCUGCUCCCUCCGUCGCUGGUGCGACUAAUCAGGGUGGCGGACAACAGGUGGGGCAUAGUAGGGUGCAAGUACACAACCGCCUGAAGGACACAAUGUUCUACAUCUGA